CGAGUCAACAUGCCGGAAAAGCGAAAGCGGCCACCAACAUUUCAGCACCAUCCAGCCAAUAGAGCCAAGAAACUAAAGCAGACAUGGGUCCAAAAUGCUAAGCUCAAACAAAAGUGGAGAACAGAGAAACGUCGGAUCGGCAAGGAGACAGAACCGGAGAUAGAAGAGGAUGAUAUGAAGCAGGCAGUUGAAGUUCGGCGCAAUGCUGCUCCUUCUCCAACACCACCGCCAACUAAAAAAACGUAUUUGCCCCCAAAAACACCGGUCCAACAACAAGAACGGUCGUCUUUACGGGAUCGAGCACGCGACGCCUAUUCUCGCUCUUCACUACACACCUACAAAUCCGAUCCGUCUGGCAAACGGCAACGAGGAGGGAAUACUGGUCGAGGACAACCUGAUAUGAAGAAAAGAAUGUCCGUCUUGCUUGAAACUAUCAAACGCGAUUUCUCCUGA